AUGAACAUUCCGACACCAUGCGUCUGCAUUUUGUUUCUCUCGCCCGUGGCCUCGCUCGUGGCCAGCCCGACUCCAACCUCGCCUCGCCGUGUGGCGGUGGUCGGCGCCGGAAUCGGUGGUCUCGCGCUGGCUCGUGCGCUGCAGACGCUCGACACUGGCGUGGAGGAGGUUGCGGUGUUUGACAGGAGAAGUGAGCUCAAGCCUGGUGUCGGCGGCGGUAUCCAGAUCAACGGCGGUGCCGCCGUUUUAGCGAGGCUGGGCUUGGGUGAGCAAAUGAAGGCGAGCGCACUGCCGGUGCGGCGCAUCCUGAGCCGGAAGAGCGGCGGGUUCGAGCUGCUCGACAUUGACGUCGAGUCGCUCGUGAGCGCCGAGCCCGCGCUGGUCGCCCCCGACGGCACACCGCAGGCCUUCUCAAUCAUGCGCGACGCGCUGCAGCGCAUCCUCGCCGACUCGCUGCCCGUCGGCACGGUGCGGCUUGGGCAGAGGCUCGAGUCACUCCGCGAGGACGAUGCGGGCGUCGAGCUGCUCUUCGAGGGCGGCGCGGCGGAGCGCUUCGACCUCGUCGUCGGCGCCGACGGCCUCUCGUCGCGCGUGCGCGAGCACGUCGCGGCGAGCCACGCCGCGGAGGGCGGCGGCGGCGCGACGCCGCCGGAGUACAGCGGCAUCCGCGUCCAGUUUGGCGUGGUGCCUGCGGGAGGGGCGAGGCCCGCCGGCUCCGAGGGCGAGUUUCACCAGUGGUUUGGCGAGGGCGUAUACGCGCUCACGGGCUCGUACGGCACCGGCGCGGCCGACGGCGCGACGUCGGACAUGGUCGCCGUCGUGUUUGCCGACCGCGCCGCCGGCUCGGCCGCCCCGCCGGAGAACUCGAACUGGGAGGCGAGCGACGUGCGCGAGGACUGCGUGGGACGGCUGCGGCGCGCGGGCAUCCCGGCCGAGGUCGUCUCCGUCGCCGAGCAGUGUGAGCGCUGUUUCGAGCUCGGCGUGUACGAGCACGACGCGACCGCGCCGUGGGUGUCGCGCGGCGGGCGCGCGGUGUUGCUGGGCGACGCGGCGCACGCGAUGGCGCCCUUCCUUGGCCAGGGCGCCAACCAGGCGAUCCAGGACGGCUACUGCCUCGCCGACCGCCUCGCCGCUGCACGAGCCGGCGGCCUCGCCGCCAGGGUGAUGGGCCCGCUCCAGAGCUACGCGCUGCUGCGGCGCGCGCCGGUCACCGCGUUGCAGCUCGAGUCGCGGCUGCUCGGCGCGAUGGAGACGGCGGGCGGCGGCGCCGGCACGCUGCCCCAGUUUGUGCGCGACGCCUUCUUCCUCGCCAACGGCAAGCUCGGCGUCGCGGCGCAGGUCUUUGUCAAGGGGGCGCGGCCCUGGGUCUGAGGUCGGAGGUAGCGCAGAAGUGAUUCUCGGGACUUGCCGCGCAAUAAAAAGAAAACAG